AUGCAAGUGGUCGACGCGUGUGACCUCAAUGACCCGCAGGCACAAUACAUUCAAGAUAUCGUCAUGAACUUCGCUGCUGGCAAUGCGACUGCAGCAGCCCCAGCCAUCUGCUGCAGAAUUUAUGGCUUCCCCCCCCUUCUCAUCUCUGGCCUUGAACAGCACGGGGUGAAGGCAGCAACCAACACCUUCUCCCUGGCUUUGAGCGCCCAGGCCAUCGUAAAGUCCGAACGCUUCAGCUCCCUGGACGAUGCCCUCAAGUCCCGACUCUUCGUGAAGCUGGCUUCCAUGGGUCUUCUGAAGACUUGA